AAGAAAGACAGCCAAAGAACAUGUCUUUUCGUACAAUAUAUCACUCACUGCCCACUGCCCUUCACUUCCCAUUUCCUUGGUGCAAAUUUUAGUCCAUACAGAUAUUUGUAAGCUAUUGCUCUCUCUCUCUCUCUCGAUCUUCGUAGAGUGACUAGAAGGCCGCCCUCCUGGAUUUGAUUUGCAUUUCCGAAGAGCGGGGGGCAGAGAGCGUCUCGCUCCUAUCUGCUCACUGGACGCUUGAUGAGGAAAAAACGCAGGUUGCCGUACCGGAAACGGCUCAUCAGAUUAGCACUGAUUCAUGGUUUCAAGUAGGUUUUGUCCUCACCACAGGUAUCAACAGUGCUUAUGUACUGGGAUACCCGGGUACGAUAAUGGUUCCCCUUGGUUGGAUACCUGGAGUUAUUGGUUUAAUUGCAGCAGCCGCCAUUUCAUUAUAUGCAAGUACUCUUAUCGCCCACCUCCAUGAAUACGGCGGGAAGAGGCAUAUCAGAUACCGAGAUUUAGCAGGCUUUAUAUACGGGAGGAAAGCUUAUUAUAUUACAUGGGGAUUACAAUAUGUGAAUCUUUUCAUGUUUAACAUGGGAUAUAUGAUCAUUGCUGGUCAAUCCUUGAAGGCUGUUUAUGUCCUCUUCAGUGAUGGCCACGGUAUGAAGCUUCCCUAUUUUAUAGCCAUUGCUGGUGUUGUUUGUGCAUUGUUUGCAAUAUCAAUACCCCAUUUAUCAGCUCUAAGAAUUUGGCUGGGAUUCUCAACUGUUUUCAGUUUGGUAUACAUUGUCGUUGUACUUGUACUGUCUAUUCAGGAUGGAAUGAACGCUCCUGCAAGAGAUUAUAGCGUCCCAGGAUCCUCCACUAGCAAAAUUUUUACGACGCUAGGAGCAUCUGCUAAUUUGGUUUUUUCCAUCAAUACUGGAAUGCUUCCAGAGAUUCAGGCAACAUUAAGGCCGCCUGUAGUGAAGAACAUGCUAAAGGCUUUGUACUUCCAGUUCACCAUCGGAGGUUUGCCCAUGUAUGCGGUUAUUUUGGCAGGAUAUUGGGCAUAUGGAUCUUCCACCUCAACUUAUUUAGUCAACAGUGUAAACGGUCCAGUCUGGGUGAAGGCAAUGGCAAAUAUAUCCGCUUUCCUUCAAACAGUCAUCUCUAUGCAUAUAUUUGCUAUCCCAAUGUACGAGUAUUUGGACACGAAGUAUGGGAUAGUAGGAAGCACGGUGAAUAUAAAGAACUUAUCAUUCAGAAUAGGCAUGAGAGGAGGGUACAUGGGCAUAACCACGCUGGUCUCGGCUAUGCUGCCCUUCCUUGGAGAUUGUAUGAGCCUUACAGGAGCAAUCAGCACAUUCCCACUAACAUUUAUACUUGCAAACCACAUGUACCUUGUAGCAAAGAAGCCAAAACUCAGUUCUUUACAGCAGCUUUGGCAUUGGUUUAAUGUUUUCUUCUUUGGUUGUAUGUCUUUAGCAGCAGGAGUUGCAGCAUUGAGGCUCAUAAUAGUAGACUCCAAAAACUACCACAUAUUUGCUGAUAUAUGAUCAUAUUUCAUUUUAUGAGUCA